AUGAGAUGUUGUGAUGCAAUAGAUAUAAUAGAUGGAGUACUUUCAUUUUUGUGUAGUCAAGUUGAAAUUGAGAGAUUGGAUAUCAAUCUCAUUAUCGGAAUGCUGAGUAGAAUUAUAUUUUUUAUUAUAAUGAUCGCUGAUCGUGAUUUGAGGACUUACACUUUGAAAGAAUUUUUUUCAUAGGUUGGAGCAUGGGCAAUUUUUCAUAUUUACAUUUUUGGUUUUGAGAGAAAAUAUUUCUUCUAAGGCUAAUCUAAUACAAAAAUUAGAGAAUAUGUAUCUAAAAUAAUGGAUAUUUUGUAAUAAGUUAUUGGAGUUCUUUACUUAUCAUUUAAUUAUGAAUCAGAUUUAGAAUUAGCAGCUUUAAUUAUCUUCUCUAUUAAUCUUGGAUUAGGAGUUAUAGAAUUAAUCAAAUCAUUUAUUUUAAAUAAUCAUAUAAAAAAUUAUUCUAAAGAAGGAGGACUUUUAGAAUUUUUUAUUGGAUCAUUCUUAGGAAUUCUAGGAGUUUGUAUCUUCUUAAUUAUUUCUGCUGAAAAAUAUUGGGAAGAAAUUUCAGAAGAAAGUAAUAGAGUAAUACCGCUUAUUUUAACUUUGAUAGGACAGUUUAUAUUGUUAUUUAUAGCAUUUUUGUUAUCAUGUGCAGAUUAUUCAAAAAGAUCAUAGGAUUGCACGAAGAGCAUUUUGGGAUUUUUAUAUGGGCUUACAUUUGGUGUUUUUAGUAUAUUCUAUGGUUAUCUUCUUGGAGUUUAUUUAUUUUUCUAUAUGAUAUAUAUAUGUAUAACACAUACACCUCCACCUAAAUAAGUUAAGCCUGUAGCUGAUAUUUGA